CUCCUUGACACCACCACCAACCAGCACGACCACGACACACACAAGAUGAAGCAAGCAAGCAAGCAAGCAAGCAAACGCAGGACUUGCGUUUGACACCCAACUGCUGGUGCGCACACAGUCCUCGCUGCUUGCGUCGACCUUCUGCUUGGGCCUGCUGACUGGCUGGGCUUGCUGACUGACACAAUGGCUUUCUCUCAUCAUUGUUUGAUUGAUUGCGCUCGAGCAAGCCACCAAAACAGCAACAAGCGCACUUGCUUGCCUGUGUGUGUCUGAGGAGGAGCUGAAGCAAGCAAAGCAAAUGCAAGCACAGCAAAGCAAACAGCACAAGCCACAAGCAAGCAACCACGAAAGUCACACACAGGAAGUUCGUGCAGCGACUUGGGUUGUCAUUUUUUUCACGAACCACCCGACCACAAGCCAAGAAGCCAAGCAGGGCCAAGGCCAAAGAAUCAAGCAAGCCAAGACCAAAGAACCCAGGACCAAACGCCGAUCUGCGAGACACGAGCACGCAAGACAAGCCAUCACUUGCUGUCUUCCCGAACCAGCACGAACCAACUGGAAGCGGAACAAGCACGAACACAACCACACACGGCACACACACACGGCACACACACGGCAACGGGCGAUCGUUCACAUCCGACCCCACGCACGGUCAGCAGUCCAACACCCGCAUUCAUCACUUCAUCACCAGAACCAGCACAACAGUCAAGGAAAAGACAGCAACAGCAAACUUCUCUUCAUCUUUUUGGUGUCGCUGAUUGACCAACAGCAGCAGAUACGCAGUCAAGUUUGCUCAAAGAAACAAACAAGGCAAGAAUGCCCAUGUUCAUCAUGCCACAGCCGGCCCAGUCCAGCGACAUGAGCGACGUGCACCAGCAGCUGCUGCGCAGAGUCCACCAACAGGAGGCCCGCCAGAUGGCUGAUCAGGAGCAGCAUCGCCGCACCGCCCAGCCGCUCUUCCGCUCCCCGCGCAUCGACGCCAUGCUGAAAGAGGUGCAGACGGAGCUGGAGCACAGCGUACAUGGGCGCCAAGUGGACCAGGCAGCCGAGGAAGAGCGCGUCCGCCGGAUGCAGGUGGACCAGAACAACGAAGUCAUGCGCCAGCUGCUCUCUGCGCACUCGCGCCAGGCCGCCCGCACCGCGGAGGAGGAGGAGCGACAGCGCCGCCUGAACGAGGGCAGCAAGGGCCGCAUCAUGCAGCCACCGCCAGAGGCCAUGCGGCAGCUCCAGGAGGACAUGCUCCGUGCUGUUGCCGCCCAUGGCGUGGACACGGCCGCGGCGCAGGAGCAAGAGGAGCGCGUCGCCCGUGAGCGCAUGCACGGCGUGAUGGCCCAGCUGCGGCAGCGCAGCCAGUCCAGGCUCGCCCGCCUGCAAGCACUUGAGGAGCAGCUGAGGCGCAUUGUGGAGCAACGCAAGACGGUUGUGCACGACCAGCUCACCGCGCACGUGCGCUUCCAGACCUCCAAGCGCGAGAUGGAGCUGGAGCGAACCGAGCGUGUGCAGCACGACCGCUUUGCCAACGCCAUGGAUGAGCUGCGCCGCUCGCAGAACCAGCGCGCAGCCAUCCUUGCCAUGGACCGUGAGCAGGACCGCCGCACUCGGGAGCAGGUGGGUGGGGCUGGUCGCCGGGCCAAUCCUGGCGAUGCCACCACAGACCUGAUGGACAUGAAGCAGAACGUCCUGGAGCACCUGCAGCGCGUCGUCCAUGCACAGGAGGCCAACGCUGGUGCCGAUGUGGAGCAGCAGUAUCGCGUGAACCACGACGCGUUUGACGCCGUCAUGCACCACCUCCAGCGUCACAUGAACCAGCAGCGCGUCCUGCGCGAGGAAGACACCGAGAUGCAGCAGCGCGUGCAGCGCGACCGAAUGGAGCACGUGCUCAACUACGACCUCGUUCGCCGCGUGCACCAGCGCCAGGUCCUGCAGGCCAUGGACGACGAGCAGCAGCAGCGUGUGGUUAUCGACACCAUCCAGACCACCGUGUGCCCGAGCGUGCGCCGUCACGUUGCCCAGCGCACGGCCCUGGGCGCCAUGGACGCGGAGCAGCAGCGCAGGGUUGCCGAAGACGAGCACUAUGCGCACAUGGAGGACGUGCGACGCGACCUGCACCGCCUCUUUGCGGACCGCGCUGUGUCUGCCGACGCAGCAGCAGCCGACGAUGCCAAUCGGGCUGGCGAGGACAUGACGGAGGAGCAGGCGGAGGCGUGGCAGGCGAUGCUGCGUGACCUGCAGCGGCGCGUGCUUGCUCGCCAGGUCGAGGAAGCAGCAGCUGAGGAGCAGCAGGAGCGCGUGAACCGCGAGCGCAUGCACGAUGUGAUGGCUGAGCUGCGCCACCGCACGGGCUCGCGUGCAGCCGACCUGGGCGCAGACACGGAGCAGAUGCAGCGUGUGCAGCGCGAGCGGAUGGAGCGCGUGUGCGAGGAGAUUGAGCGCGCACACGACGCCGUUGCCGCCAAGCGCGCGGAGAUGCAGGAGCAGCAGCGCCGCUCGUACGACGACCUGCACGCGGCCAUGGUGGAGAACCUGUGCCGGGUUGUGGACGAUGCAGCCGCACACCGCCUGGAGCGCGUGGAGCAGGAGACGCGCGUCAACCAGGAGCACCUCUCGCACGUGCUGGAGCAGCUGCUGCGGGAGCGCAGUGCGGCCCGCGCCCACGUCCUCACGGGCAUUGCGCGCAUUGAGGCCGCAGAGACGCGCAAGCACAUGCUCGACUUGGACGCACGCCUGGAACGGCAAGAGCUCAUGCAGGAGCUGCACGAUGGCCUGCGUGUGGCCGUCCCCGCCAGGGCCGAGGCGGGCAUCGUUCCUGACGCGUUUGCGGGCCGCAAGACAGCCAUGCACGCGGAGCUGCUGGCGGUGUGCAGGCGCCGGUACAUUCGCACCAUGUCGCGUGCCCUCCUCGGGGAGAUGCAGCAGCGCGAGCGCUUCAGGCAGCUCAUGGAGGAGGUGGCCCGGUUUGGCGUGCAGGUGAAGGUGAUUCGCGCCACAGAGCACGAGCGCGCCGCCAGGGUGCACGCCCACCUGCUGCACAUGGUGUACGAGGACCUGCGUCGUGCCGUCAACGCGCGCGCAUGCGACCUGCUCAUGGACGAGGAGAAGCAGCGCCGCAUCCACGAGUACCAGAUGGGCUUUGUGCUGGACGACGUUGUUCGCGCCGCACACGCGCGCCAGGCAGACCGCCUCAUGGACGCAGAGCGGGAGCGGCGCGUGCUGCACGACCCGGUUCGCCGGUCCCUGCUCCCCGUCGUGCGCGCCGACAUUGUGCGCACGGUGGCCGGCAAGCAGGCCAACGCGGCCAUGGACGCAGAGCAGGUGCGGCGGGUUGCCGAGCACAGGAUGCACGGUGUGCUGCAGGACCUCGUGCGGCGGGUAAACCAGAAGCGCGCCCUGGCCGCCAUGGAGCUGGAGCGGGCCCAGCGCGUGGCGCAGCACCACAUGCGGUUUGAGGUGCUGCCGCAGCUGCUGUCCACCAUCAACCGCCACCACUCGUGCGCGCAGGAGUUGGCUGAGCAGCAGCUGCGCGUGGCGGAGAACAUGCACCACGCGACGAUGCUGGAGCUUGAGAGCUGGGCCGACCGCCGAGCCUGUGCGCUGCUGGCGGAGGAGGAGCGCCUGCGCCGCAUUGCGGAGGACGUGCCCGCCCACCCGUACAGCGCGCUGGUGGACGUGCAGGGCGCCGCUGCAGCGGUUGGCCGCCGCAAGGAGACGCGAGAGGCCGCCACGCAGGAGCAGGCCGAGCAGGUGCACGCAGACAAGUGGCGCGAUGUCAUGCAGGCUGUUGCCGCCCGCGGGUCCCGUGUGCGCGUGCGUGAGGAAGAGGAGGAUGAGCGCGCGCGCCGCGUGCACGCCGAGCGCAUGCACGACGUGAUGGAGAGCGUUGUUCGCCACCGUCACCAGCUGGAGGCCAUUGCGGCCAUGGACGCUGAGCGGCGGCGGCGGCUUGCAGAGCACGGCUACCGCCAGCGACACGGGUACCUCAUGCCCGCGCACGUGCGCAGCGCCCUUGGUGACGUGCACCGCGAGCUGUGUGCGGUGGUGAGCCUGCGGCAGGCGGCACAGAUGCAGGACGAGCGCGACUAUGCCCGCCUGCAGGAACAGCAGCGCUCGGCCAUGCUGCACGACCUGAUGCGCCACGCCAAGCUGUGGCAGGUGCACCGGCAGGAGGAGGUUGCUCGCGCGGAGCUUGCAGAUGCGCAGCGGCACCUCUCGCGCCGCCAGCAGUCGACCCACUCGGACCUGCUCACGGAGCUGCAGCUGCGCCACGCCUGCUCCCCGGUGCCCGUCAUGUGAACCAGAGCAACUGUGUUUUGUGUCUGUGCUCAUAAUGAUGCUUUGACGUGUGUGUGUGUGUGUGUGUGUUUGCGUGUGCGCAUGUGUGUUUGUGUGUGCGCAUGUGCAUGUGUGUGUGUGUUUGUGUGUGCGCGCGCGCAUGUGCAUGUGUGUGUGUGGUUGCUGUUGCUUACUUGCCAAUGGGCAAUGUCGUCCAUACUUGACGCCGCGUGUUGGCGCGAGGUCACAUGUCAUCAUCAAACCUUAAACUGAGAGAACCACA